CCGUGACUCCAGACAAUUGACACCGAACCCGUCAGAGAGAUUACAAUUUAAGAGAUUGGAGAGGCUUUGGAUUUCUUUCGUGUCUGUACUCUCUUCACAUUGAAUCCGUUACUGGUAUAUUACUAGUAAACUGGCGUCGUAAAAAAACACUCGUUACUUCACCGGACUCUUAAAAUACGGUAGAUGCUACUGUAAGGACUCGGCACAAUCCAGGACAAUCUAAAGAUGCAGCAGCAACCAGUGAUGGAAGAGGGAACGGCCUACGAGCCUCCAACUUACGAUGAAACAUUCCCAGAGCUUCCGGGCUCGUGUAACCAUACGACCAUUUCGAACCCACUGCCGGUCAACAACAGUAUGAGAGUUGGUUCAUCAACAAUAACAACCGUUUUCCACGUACCCCUGGAAGAGCGUAAGUUUGAUCACAGCGACAAAUUCGGCGAGGGUGAGUCGAUGCGUACAUGCCAAGCAAUAAUGAAAGAAACCAAUGCCCGCAUUGAAAUAUCCUCAUCUAAAAGCCAAACACUUUCGUUUGUACUGAGCGGCAAACAAAGUGAAGUAUUAGAAGCGCGUCGUAGAAUACUCGCGACCUUUCAAACCCAAGCAAGCAAACAGAUAAAUAUUCCGAAAGAACAUCACCGUUGGAUUUUGGGUAAACAGCGCCAGCGAUUAAACGAAUUAGAAAAAAAUACAGCAACUAAAAUAAACGUACCCUCAGUCGACGUACAGUCCGACACAAUAACAAUAACUGGUACUAAAGAAGGAAUUGAAAAAGCUGAGCACGAAAUAAAAGUCAUUUCUGACGAACAAUCGCGAAAGGCAUUUGAACGUAUCAGCGUUCCUAAAAUUUAUCAUCCAUUUAUUCGCGCUUUCAAAGAUAAUACCAUCAGUUUAAAUGCUAAUGCAAGUUUACGAAUAAAUAUACCACCGGCAUCAGUUCAAAACGACGAGAUAACGAUUGCCGGUGAAAAAGAAAGCGUAGUUGCGGCCAAAAAAAAAAUAGAAAGUAUUUACAGAGAUGUAGAGGAACGAUACAGUUCGGUGUCCGUUGAAGUGCCAAAGUCACAGCAUAAAUAUGUAAUGGGACCUCGUAAUACGACAAUUACUGAAAUUUUACAAUUAACCGGAGUCAGUGUUGAGAUGCCAAGUCCUGAUUCGCCAACAGGUACCAUAACUUUACGCGGGCCACAGGAAAAAUUGGGACAAGCUCUCGACAAAGUUUACGAAAAAGCAAACAGCGUGCGCACAGUAACCGUCGAAGCUCCGUCCUGGAUCCACAAAUAUAUUAUCGGUCGCAAGGGUAUUAAUAUUAAAAAAAUAACCGAGGAAUUGCCAAAAGUAAAUGUUGAUUUUGCUGAAAAUGAUAACAAAAUAAAAAUAGAAGGCCCGCCAGAAGAAGUUGAAAAAGUAAGAGAACAAGUCGAGGCUCAUGCCCAAGAUCUUGUAACUAAACUGACAUUUGUUGAGCUAAAAGUCGAUCCCCGAUACUUCAAGCAUAUUAUCGGUAAAAAUGGCAGCAAAGUUAAUCGGCUAAAAGAAGAAACAAAUGUGUUUAUAAAUAUAUAUGAGAAAGACGGGCAAAAUAUCAUACGUAUUGAGGGCAAUCAAGCCGGCGUGAGUGAAGCUGAAUCUAAAUUAAUGAAGACUGUUAAUAAAUUAGAAAAUGAAAAGGAGAAGGAUGUUAUUAUUGAUCACCGUCACUACGCGAGUGUUAUCGGGAAAAGAGGGUUUAAUAUUAAGGAAAUUAGAGAGAAAUUUAAUAAUGUACAGAUAACAAUACCCGGGCCAAAUGAAAAAGACGACGUCGUUAAAAUACGCGGUCCUAAAUUAGAUGUUGAUAGGUGCCAUAAAUAUUUAAUGAAAUUGGCUAAAGAACUUGAUGAAAAUAGUUACACAAUAGAAGUACCUAUUUAUAAACAAUUUCAUAAAUUUAUUAUCGGUCGGGGUGGAAUGAACAUCCGUAAAAUUCGGGAAGAGACUCAGACUAAAAUUGAAUUGCCAGCAGAGGGUUCAACUGACGAAGUCAUUGUCAUCACUGGUAAAAAAGACAACGUAGAAAUGGCGCGCGAUAUGAUUAAGAAAAUUCAAAAUGAAAUGAGUAAUAUCGUUGAGGAAGAGGUCGUCAUACCCCCAAAAUACUAUAAUUUUCUUAUUGGAACUGGCGGUAAAAUAAUUCACUCGAUAAUGGAAGAUUGCGGCGGUGUGACAAUUAAAUUUCCUAGUGCCGAAAGUAAAAGUGACAAAGUUAUAAUACGUGGGGUUAAAGAAGAUGUUGAAAAAGCUAAACAACAAUUACUUGAACAAACAAAUGAAAAACAAUUGAUGAGUUUUUCAGAUACUGUACGUGCUAAGGCAAUAUACCAUAGGUUUAUUAUUGGACGUCAAGGAGCUAAUAUUAAAAAAAUAAGAGAAUCAACUGGUGCUCGUGUUGUAUUCCCGACUGAUAAAGAUGAAGACCAAGAAAUUAUAACGAUUAUUGGUAAGAAAGAAGCUGUAGAGAAGGCUAAGACAGAGUUAGAAUCGAUAAUAAAAGAAAUUGGAAAUAUUGUCGAGGAUGAAAUAACCAUUGACCCAAAACAUCACAAGUAUUUUGUCGCACGUCGUGGCGGUGUAUUGGCGCGUAUUGCUGAUGAAUGCGGUGGGUUACAAAUUUCAUUCCCACGUGCUGGAGUUGACAGCGACCGAGUUGUGCUCAAGGGCUCGAGGGAGUGCAUAGAAGCUGCUAAGCAACGCAUGCGAGAAAUCGUUCAUGAACUGGAAUCUAAAAUAACAAUUGAGUGCAUAAUUCCCCAGAUACAUCACCGCACUGUGAUGGGUGCUAAGGGUUGCAAAGUACAGAUGGUCACGUCGGAAUUUGACGUGCAAAUUAAAUUUCCAGAACGUGAGCAAAUAAAUCACGACGAGCAGCCACCGCAAGAGCAGCAGCAACAGGAACAGCAGCAGGUCAAUGGUCAAGAAAAUGGCGAGACUGAGGUACAAGAUCAUGGCCCGCCGGCUUGUGAUAUUAUUCGUAUUACUGGACAACCAGAAAAUGUUGAAAAAGCUAAGAAAGCUUUGCUGGAUUUAGUGCCAAUUACUGUACAAGUUCCCGUAGCAUUUGAUCUCCACCGUCUGAUUAUCGGGAAAUCCGGUCGAGAUGUAAGAGUACUCAUGUCUAAAUAUGACGUUCAUAUAAAUAUGUCACCGGCUGAUCAAAAACGAGAUUACAUUGAAAUUUGUGGUGCUCCUGCAAAUAUUGAAGAGGCUAAACAGGCUAUUUUUGAACGUGUUGAAGACUUGGAGGCUAAACGACAAGAACGUGCUCUUAAGUCGUACGAAUUAAAGUUCGAAGUCAGUCCGGAAUUUCAUCCUAAAAUAAUAGGACGUGGCGGCGUUGUUAUCAAAAAAAUUCGCACUGAUUUUGAUGUUCAAGUUGAUUUUCCUAAAAAAGGUGACCCUGAGGAAAAUAUCAUCACCGUUACGGGAUUUGAAAAAAAUACUCAUGAGGCUAAAGAAGAAAUUUUGAAGAUAGUCAAUGGUCUUACUAAAGAAGAAAUUAAAAUUGAUUCCGCUGUUCACUCACGGCUUAUUGGUGCACGUGGUAAAAAUAUACGUAGGAUAAUGGAAGAUUAUAAAGUUGAAAUUAAAUUCCCACGGAAAACGGACUCUGAUCCAGAUCUUGUUGUCAUUAUUGGCAGUGAAGAAAAUGUUGCUGAUGCUCGUGAACAUCUUUUGAAUUUAGAAUAUGAAUAUCUACAAGAUCUCGAGGAUCGUGAACGUACUAAGUCAAUUCGUGGUGGCAAACAUGAAUCAGAUCGACCUCUUGGCAGCAGUGAAAGCGAUUCAGGGUUUGUAGUAAAAGGAGGACCGUGGGAGCAACAACAAUCACAGCAGCCAAAAAGUGCUCCGGAUACCGCCAGUGUCGCGGACUUUCCGACAUUUGUAGGUCACGAUUCAAAUCAAGUAUCUGUUGCUACGCCAGAAGGACCUUGGGGUAAACGCCGAGAUGUCCUCGCAAAUUCGCUCAAGUAAAGCGGAUUACUUUGGUAACAUUGUUACCUUAAGCAUAAUUAAAUUCUUUAACAUAAAUUAGUAUCGAAAAUAUAAAAGUAAAAUUUUUAAAUAAUUAACAAAAAAUAAUAAACUUCAAUGUAAUAUUGAAGUUGAUCGUUGCUUCCCUAAUCCAUUGCUGACGCUGCUGCAUUACAAAUGACCUUGGCCACUCUCUUGGACUUUGAAACUGGUUUCACUGAUACCGCUAAUUAUUGCAAAGUUUUUCUUUAAUUAAUACAAUUUUAAUAAUUUUUUUUUUUUUUUUUUUUUCGUGUUUUAUGACGAUUCUAAAGUUGGAGUGAUACUGAAGUUGGACAUCUAUUAAAUUUUGGAUUCUUUUUUCGAGCGAUAAAUUGUAAAAAAAAAAUAUUUUGAAAAAUUGCACUUAUAGUUUUUUUAAUUUUCUACAUGUGCAUUUUUUUUUUUUUUUUUUUUUUUUUUUGUCAUUCGAUGUAUAGAAAAAAAAUUCAAAAAUUGUUAAUUGUUCGUUACUUCAGAAUCGAACAAUUGGAAGACAAUUAAAAAUUGGAUUUUUUUUUUAAUCAAAUCAAUUACGAAAAAAAAAAACUGAAAAAAUGCACAUGUAGAAAAUUAAAAAAGCUACAGGUGCAAUUUUUUAAAAUAUUUUUUUUUUUUACUUUAUCGUGGGUAAAAAAAUUCAAAAGUUAGUAGGUCGGCUAACUUCAGUAUCAUGUCAUGUAUCUGUAACUGCAAUGCAUUAAUUACACAGUAGAAUUUAUGAAUUUAAAAAUAUAUCAUUUUCAAAAUUUAUCAAAGGUAAAAAAAAAAUAAUCAAAUUAUCAUAUAAAUGCCUAUCAGAUACAGAUAUGUCGUACUUAAGACUGGGGCUUCAUAGAAAUUUCUAUGUCCCUUAAAAAAUUGAAAUUGUUUUUAUUCUUCAAGUUAUUAUGACGUUUUUUUUCUUCUUUUUUUUUUUUUUUUAAUUUUCUUUCAAUCAUUUGCGGAUAAAUUUUUAUAUUUUAUUGAAUGACUUCUAAUACUCGAGAAUUAUUGUCUAUUUAUUUAUAAUUGUAUAUAAAUUUCACUUUGUUUCUUUGUUUGUCUUUUUUUUUCUUGUUUUAUUUAAAUAGAGCAAGUGAUAAAUUGUAAAUUAUUAUCAAAUGCAACGUCACAUAUGGAGUAUAUUAAAUUAUUUAUAAAAAAAAAACAAUUAAUUGACUAAUUGAAUUAAAAAAAAAAAAAAUGUCUUAUCAUUAUAUUUUAAGAAGUCUCUCUAAUUAAACUGAUUGAUUUCAAAAAAUAUUUACAAGACCAAAAAUAAAUUUUUUUAAAAAAAUAUUUAAAAUUAGUAUCUUCAUAUUAAAUAUAGAAAAAUUAUAUACCAUUAAGGCAAGAGUGCAAAAAAGAAUCCAUCAAAAAUUUAAAAAAAAAUUUUUUUAAAUCAAUCGUGAUUCAUUAAAUUACGUCACAAUUAUUUCAUGAUUUUAUUUUAAAAAUUUUUAUCAAUUUUAUUUUUUUCUACACAUUAAAUUAAGGCUGAUUUCAGACCCUGCCCCUCCCACUUUUUAAAAAUAUUUAAUAACUUAAUUCUAAUGACCGUAUUAAAAUUUUGAUAAUUAAUUAAAAAAAAAUUAAGCAUUAAUUGAGAUCAAUUAGGAGUCAAACGAAAUUUGGAAAAUAAAUUUCAGUAAAAUCUUCAUUAUAAUUUUGAAUGUCAAAUUUUUUAGACUGAAAUUUAUUUCCCAAAUUUCGUUUAAUUGAUUGAUAAAAAAGUGUAAGUAAUUUUUUUAAAAAUCUAUAUCAGCUCAAUUGCCUUUUUUUCAAUUGACUUUAAUUUUUUUGAAAUUAAUUAAUAAAAUUUUGAUACGCUUAUGACAGUUGGGUCAUUGAAUAUUUUUAAAAAGUGGCGGGUACUGUCUGAGAAUGUCCUUAAGGCAAUUUGCACAGUUCCUCCCACUUUUUAAAAAUUUUCAAUGACCUAACUGUCAUAAGCGUAUCAAAAUUUUAUCAAUUAAUUAAAAAAUAAUUAAAUCACUAAUUGAAAAUAUGACAGUUUCGCUGAGAUGGAGAUUUAAAAAAAAAAUUACUUACAGUUGACAUCAAUUGGAAGUUAAAUUUGUCAAAUAAAUUUCAGUAAAAUCUUUAUUUCCAAUUUCGAAUUCGAACUUUCAAAUUUUGUAUGCUAAAAUUUAUUCAAAUUUCUUUGAGCUCCUAAUUGAUAACAAUUUUAAAAUUUUUUUUCAACUAAUUAAUUACAAAAAAAAAAAAUCUAAAAAUAUGCACAUGUAGAAAAUUAAAACAUUUAUAAGUGCAAUUAUUUGAAAAUUUUUUUUUCUUUAUAAUUUAUCGUUUUUUUAAAGUUUAAAAAUUAAUAGACGUCUGCCAAAUUUAGUAUCAUAAAUUUAAAUACCGUCAUUACAAUUCAAAAUCAUUGAAUAUUUUUAAAAAGUCAGUGACACUGUCUGAGAAUAUCCUUAAUUUAAAAAAAAAAAUAAGUAACUCGUGCAUAUAACCCGUAUGAGGCCAAUUAGUUAAUAAGUUUAAAAAAGUAAUAAUAAAUUGAAAAAAAAAUUGAAUAAAUAACUAACUAAAGAUAAAUACAAUAAUAAUAAUAAUAAUAAUAAUAAUAAUAAUAAUAAUAAUAAUAAUAAUAAUAAUAAUAAUAAUAAACAUACUUAUUCUGUUAAAAGUGCCUUGUCUAUUUUCUUCGAGACAGCUCAUUUUAAACUAUUUUAGUAGAUGAUGAUUGUGAAUAUAAUUAUGUAUAUGACUAUGAAUGAUAUAUAAUAAAUAUUCUAAUAUAGUAACUGUAUAUGAACAAAAAAAAAGAAAAAAAAAAAAAAGUACGAGGUUUACAUGUGAGUAAGUAGCGUCAUAUGCUGAGUAAAAUUAAAAUAAAUUUAAACAAUAACUUCCCGAAUUUUUUUGAAAAUCUACAAUUUUCUUAGCGGGAAGUUUAAAAUGCAAAAAAAAUAGAUUAGUAAUAAAAAAAAAAUAACAA